AUGACGUCGGGUCGUCAAUAUCCCCCACUAAUUUCGCAUCUCGUGGAUGUCCAUUGUCAUCCAACUGAUACGCAGAUCAUCGACGAGGAUAUAGAUGCACUUCCCCUUCGACUUUGCGCGAUGGCGUCGCGGGACUCCGAUCAGCAACUUGUAGCCGACCUCGCAAGAAAAUGGCCCCACAAAAUCAUUCCUUGCUUUGGUUGGCAUCCUUGGGUCUCUCACACUGUCUCACUUGAAAGUCCACCUCAACCCAAGGCAGCGCAUUACGCUGCAUUACUACUUCCUGAACGAAGUUCGGAUAAUGCUCUAUCAGACGAAGAGUUCAAGACAGUCCUUUCUUCCCUCCCCGAGCCUAAACCUCUAAGCGAGGUUGGGUUGGACCGUUCAUUUCGACUGCCAUUCACGCCAUUUGGAGAUCGUAACAAUCCUUCCUAUGAAAAUCGUCGUCUUUCAAGUUUCACUGUCCCCCUCGAGCACCAACUUGCGAUACUGGAGGCUCAGAUAGGAUUGGCCGUAGAGUUUGGCAGGAAUGUUAGUAUGCAUAGCGUCAAGGCUCAGCAAGCCACCGUGGAACUCCUGAAACGAUGUAGCAGCCAGCACGGAGAGGCAUGGGACCGUAUUAGUUUCGAUCUGCAUUCAUGUGGACUCAGAGCCGAAACAUGGCGCGAGAUUGAAAAAGCCCAUAACAACGUUUACAUCUCCCUCUCCGCUGUCAUCAACACUCGUUCGCAGUCGCACGAAAAUCUGAUUCAAGCUUGUGCCCCCAAUCGCAUCCUCGUUGAGUCCGACUUCAACGAUGCCAAGCACUGCGCAGAGCAAACAUGGAAAAUGCUCCUGGUUAUUGCUCGAGUUAAGAAAUGGAAAGUGGAGGAAAGCGAGGAAGAAAUAGAAGCCAGUACCAGUAAUCCCGGGGCAAUCAGGCGCAUUCGCGAUAAUUAUGGGGCAUUCGUCCGAGGCAAUCAUGCACGAGUGGUGCCGAAACUGAGUGGGAAAAUUAGGAAGAGGAACGAUUUCCCUCAUGCUGAGGAGGACUGGGAAGAUGACACCGACGAACCCGAAGUAGUCUACGGCGACAACUAG